UCAGGCCACGCCUUGGACAAUUCAAUUCGCAUACCGGAUGAAGACUUCGACGAUGGCAAGUAUUCUCCCACACAAGAUAACAAGGAGCCUCUCGAAGAACAAUGGAACGAACAACAAGUGUUCCCUACCAGAAAGCUAACACCCUUACAAGGGCGCACUCUCGGUUUCUUAGAGUCCUCCAGCACGUUUCGUCUUCGCCUCUAUGGUUUCCUUUCUCAUCCAUGGACCGAACCUCCUGAUACUUUGUUUAAUAAUCUUUACUGCCUGUGUAUUGAUAUCUCAAGCGUCUCACUCAGUCCUUCUUCCCUCGGAUCAGUCUAUGCCGACCUCACUUAAGGGUUUCUUUUUUGCUUGGGAGGAUUAUGUUCUUUUUGGGUUGUUCAUCCUAUUCACGUUUGAAGCAAUUGGCCGAAUAUGCGUUUCUGGAUUUCUGUUAGAUCCUGAAGUUCCAAUAUCAGCUUUCUUUGUAAGUUCGACAUCAUCAAUAACGUCGACAUCGAGGGUAGGUCCUUCCGCAUCCGGUUCCUUGUCACGCGGACUCUCCUUAAAGCCUUUCUAUGAUCGUAUAUCGUGGCCUUUCAAACUUUCCGAGGCUACCCCGUCAUGUUCGAUGCCUGACAUAGUAGUUGGUCCAAGUAGUUUGCCUCACGACGCUUCGCGUCAAGAAAAACAGACCAUAGUAGAUGAGCCUUCUUCACGCGCCCAUCUCCGGAAUCCCUCAUAGCCAACUUUCUUCUCCCGUGCCCUUCGGUCAGACCAAACACCUUCAGACGUGAUCUCACUGCCAUUCCGAUUAAAUAUCA